AUGAGGCCUGAUAUCGUGUUGAAGAUAAAGGAGGAGGUCCAAAAGCAGUUUGAUGCCAGAUUUCUGCAAGAGGUCAAGUAUUCUGAGUGGGUGGCCAACAUUGUACCAGUUCCGAAGAAGGACGGGAAGGUGCGAAUGUGUGUGGACUACAGGGAUUUGAAUAAGUCUAGUCCAAAGGACAACUUCCCAUUGCCCCACAUCGACACAUUGGUAGACAAUACUGCGGGCUUUUCAUUAUUUUCCUUCAUGGAUGGCUUUUCGGGGUACAAUCAGAUAAAGAUGCAUCCUGAUGACAUGAGAAAGACUACGUUCAUUACGUUAUGGGGGACAUUUUGUUAUAAAGUGAUGCCGUUUGGAUUAAAGAAUGCGGGAGCGACAUAUCAAAGAGCUAUGGUAGCCUUGUUCCAUGAUAUGAUGCACAGGGAAAUCGAAGUUUAUGUUGACGAUAUGAUCGCGAAGUCCAGAACGGAGGAGGAAAAUGUGCAGGUCUUGAGAAAAUUAUUCUUAAGAUUGAGAAAGUUCCAGCUCAAGCUUAAUCCGGCGAAAUGUACUUUUGGGGCCAAGUCAGGAAAAUUGUUAGGCUUUGUGGUCAGUGAAAAGGGAAUCGAGAUUGACCUAGACAAAGUCAAGGCAAUACGAGAUUUACCUCCACCUCGCACUCAGAAAGAAGUUCGAGAUUUCCUUGGAAGACUGAAUUACAUCGCUAGGUUCAUUUCACAACUGACUGAGAAAUGUGACACUAUAUUUCGUCUCCUGAAGAAACAUAAUCCUGGUACUUGGGAUGAGGAAUGCGAAGAAGCUUUUAACAAGGUGAAGCGGUAUUUGUCUAAUACUCCAGUGCUGUCACCACCUAACCCGGAUAGGCCUCUGAUAUUGUAUCUAACGGUAUUCGACAAUUCCAUGGGAUGGCAGAUCUUACUGUCUGAAUUUGAUAUUGUCUAUGUGAGCCAAAAGGCUGUGAAAGGGAGUGCAAUUGCUGACUUUCUAGCUAGCAGGGCUUUGGAGGAUUACGAACCGUUAAGUUUUGAUUUUCCGAAUGAAGACUUGUUGUAUGUAGCCUCUACUGAAGAAAGUUCCCAAGAAGGUCACAGUUGGAAGCUAAACUUUGAUGGAGCCUCGAACGCUGUGGGCAAUGGAGUUGGGGCAGUCUUAGUAUCCCCGAAUGGUGAUCAUUAUCCUUUCACCUGCAAAUUGGAUUUUGAUUGUACAAACAAUAUGGCAGAAUACGAAGCGUGCAUCAUGGGUAUUCAUGCAGCUAUAGAGCGAGGAAUCAAAGUGCUAGAGGUCUAUGGAGAUUCAGCAUUGGUGAUAUAUCAGCUCAGGGGUGAAUGGGAAACGAGAGAUCCCAAAUUAAUCGGUUAUCGAAAGUUGGUCCUCGAAUUGAUUAAGGAGUUUGAGGACAUCACCUUUUGCUAUCUCCCACGAGAUGAGAACCAGAUGGCUGAUGCACUAGCUACCUUAGCUUCUAUGAUCAAGCUGAACAGACAUGGGGAUAUGAAACUAAUCCAAAUAAGUAUCUAUGAAGACCCGGCUCAUUGUUACAAUAUUGAAGAAGGGGAAAUCGAUGAUAGUCCUUGGUAUCAGGAUAUACUACGGUAUGUGAAAAAUCGUGAGUAUCCCGGCCAAGCAACGGAGAAUGAAAAGAGGACUCUGAGAAGACUAGCCAUUAAUUACAUCUUAGAUGGGGAGAUCUUGUACAAGAGGGGAAAAGAUCAGGUACUGCUAAGAUGUGUGGAUGCCGUAGAAGCAAAGAAAAUUCUAGAAGAAGUCCAUGAGGGCAUCUGCAGAACACAUGCCAGUGGGUUCACAAUGGCUAGGCAGAUUAUGAGAUUCGGGACCUCCACCGGGGCAACGCCUUUCUCCUUAGUUUAUGGCAUGGAGGCAGUCUUGCCCAUCGAAGUUGAAAUCCCUUCUCUCCGGGUCUUGUCUGAGCUACAAUUGGUGAAGCGGAAUGGGUUCAGUCUCAAUACGAUCAGUUAA